AUGGACUUUGCCGAUGAUCAUCAAGAGACACUGAUAACCGGUGUCGAUCUCAGCCCAAUACAACCGCCAUUUGUACCUCCUAACGUGACAUUCUACAUCGACGACCUAGAAGAUGACUGGACAUACUCCUACAAGUUCGACUUCGUCUUUGGCCGAAUGCUCACAGGUUCCAUAGCAGACUGGCCAAGAUUUAUCCGCCAAAGCUACGAGUACCUCGAACCCGGGGGCUGGAUAGAGUUGUCCGACAUCCUCUUGGAUCUCCAAAGCGACGACGGAACAGUCAGGCCCGAAUGCGCAACCCAAAAGUGGGCAGGGCACAUGCUCGAAGCGGCAGCGAUAUGGAAACGACCGCUGGACAGCUGCAAAUUCUACAAGGAGCAGCUCGCCGAAGCGGGGUUCACCAAUAUUGAGGAAAAGAUUUACAAGUGGCCGUCGAACCCCUGGCCAAAGGACCCAAAGUACAAAGAGCUAGGCGUGUGGACGUACGAGAACCUAGGAAACGGCUUAUCCGGGCUUAGCUUGGCGCUUUUCACUAGGGCGUUGGGUUGGUCGGCGGAGCAGCUUGAGGUCUUCUUGGUGGAUGCUAGGAAAGACAUGAGAGACAGGUCCAUACAUGGCUGGUGGCCAGUAUAUGUGGUUUACGCACAAAAGCCGGAAUGAAGUCAAAAGCGACCGAGUGGCGAACGUAUCAAAUGGAACGACAGUACACACGCACCACGAAUAUAGUUAACCCGCGC